UUGUGUGUGGUUCAGGAGUGGCUUAACAAGAGGAAUACGAUGACUGUAGCCAAAUCUCUUGACACGUCUGUGUGUGGUGCUUUUGAUGUCUUGACCCCAGCCUCAGUCCAUUCCUUGUGAAGUUCACUCAAAGUCUUGAAUCAAUUUUACCUGACAAUCCUCAUAACGCUGCGGUUCUCUCAGUUGGUUGUGCAUCUUUUUCUUCUACACUUUUUCCUUCCACUCAACUUUCUGUUAACAUGCUUGGAUACAGCACUCUGCGUCAAUGAUUGUCUUCUGGACAACUGUCAGAGCAGCAGACUUCUCCAUGAUUGUGUAGCCCAGUGAACCAAACUGAGAGACCAUUUUGAAAGCAUGAGUUUCACAAUUUGAGUUGAAUUACUGAAAUAAAUAAACUUUUCCACAACGUUGUAAUUUACUGAGAUGCACCUCUACAGUGAAUCUUCUCUAAAGCUGCUUUGAAAUCACGUGUGUUGUCAAAAGCACUGUACAAAUAAACAAGGCUUCUUUUCCAGCUCAUGAAAAACACUUUGUCUUUCUUCUGUUUCCAGUUUGGUGAACGAGGUGACAUUUGUAGAUGUGAAAUCAUGUAAUAGGGGUUGUUCUGAUCUGUAUGUAUAAUAAACACAGUAUGUCAGAGUGGCCCUGAUGGCACCACAAACAGUGUCCUCCUCCCCUUGAGUCAGUGAGCACACUAGAUCUGUCCAGCACACCUCCAGGAAGGUCUGUCCUCCUUACUUCUGCCUUCACAGAUCUUCUCUAACUGCACCAGACUCUUCCCAGCAUGCAUUACAGGACGGUCAUGAUGUACACUGAAAUAGGGUGCUUCGUAGCGUGCGUCUGCGGCUGGAUCUUGGUUUGUUCCACGAUGCCGACGAAUUACUGGACUUACUCUGAAGUGGACAGUUUAGUUCUGACGUCUGGCCACUAUUUCUCCAACCUCUGGAAAGACUGUCUGUCUGACUCCACGGGCGUUUCUGACUGCAAAGAGUUCCCCACCCUGCUGGCUCUGCAGACGUACAUUCAUCUGUGCCGAUCUCUCGUCAUCACCUCCAUAAUUCUGGGAUUGUUCGGGGCCAUCCUUGCUUUGGUGGGGAUGAAGUGCACAAAACUAGGAGGCUCUGAAAUCAUGAAUGCGAAGGUCACCUUUGCUGCAGGGAUGAAUUACCUCCUGUCAGGUCUCUGCGGUAUGUUUGCCUACAGCUGGUACGCCCACAAGGUGAUUUCUGAGUUCAUGGAUCCAAAUUACAGAGCAAAAAAGUUUGAGCUGGGCUCCGCUCUGUUUGUGGGAUGGGGCGGCUCGGCUCUCCUCGUGGUGGGAGGAUUGGUGUUCAGCAUCACCGCAGGGAAGGAAGCCUGCCGAUCCAGCUCCAAGACCCAAGAGAUGUCCAAUCACACUCCUCCCUCCAAUCUCUCUGAAGCGAACCAGAAGACACACAGUCCUCCGCUGUCACCCAUCCCUGACCGAGCGAACCAGAAGACCAGCAAACCUCCCAAAGCAUCUCACGCCGUGGACGCUUACGUCUGAUGGCUCCCUUAUAAUCUAUAAUCUUUAGGAGAAUGUCCUUAGUAAUAGUUUGAGGCACGUGUUUAGUAACACAGAGAUUGAAACACUGGUGUCCAGUCAAGAGCUGGAGGAAUGGUUUGAUAGAAGUUAACAGGAUCUGCUGGUCUGUGCUAAUAAAGACUGACGCUCAGCGCUCCUACACGUCCAAUACAAAACUACUGACUUCUCUGGAUUAUUCAUAUUUCAUAGUAAACAAUAACUGAUCAAGUGUGUACCUAAUGAUCACUUUGUCAAAUAAUGAAUUUAAUAUUGUAAAUUUGAACCUCACAAUACUAGUGUUGUCACAGUACCGAAAUGUCAGUAGUCUACCAAAACCAGUCAAAUUUCAGUUCUCUGUACCAUAGUAAAAAUGACUUGAA